ACGGAUGUCGACCGAUAUUUCAAGUCAGGCGAACUAGUGUCAAAGGCAACGUAAUACGUCUUCCAGUAGUGCUGAAGUCAUGAUGUCACUGGCACCCACCACGCACUGUACACUCCCUGCUAUACUGCUGCCUCUACUGAUGAUGACAGUUGACUGCUACAGCAAUGGGUCAUUUCCAGAGGCCUGCUACUCCAUGUUGCCACUGCACAUCUCUCCUGGUUCCCAGACAGCAGCUCCCCCCAUUACCUGCCACUCAGGAGGAGCAGAGUGCCCAGGAAUAAGUCUCACUGUUACACAGAAUGGGACAAUUGCUGGAGACUAUAGCUGUGACUCAGAAUAUGAAGUGACACUUAGCUCCAACCAAGACUUUAUUGGAUACCUCAUUCAAGCAAGAGUACCACUGGCUGGAGAGGCAUUCGACAGAUUUCGCAUCGUGGGUACCAUGAUCAGUGCUGGUCCACAGGGGACAAUACUCUACUGCAACAGCACUUCUGACUCACCUAAUGCCCCCCCUCUGCCUAAUUCUGCAACCCAAAGUUGGAUCGCUCCACAUCGCAGCGUCACUGUGAUAUGGAGAGCACCUGCACCUUUCACUGCUCUCGGCAACAUUCAGUUUUACGCUACCGUUAUUGUGGACUUUGAUCAUUUCUACCUUCCUGUAACAAGCCAAGUUCUGGAGCCACUUGAUUCUACAUGCAAGUCAUUUCUUCCCUUCCUGUCCCUGGGAACUACGGCUGGCGUGGUAACUGAGGAACUGGAAAAACGUGAUGACUGGGCCUCAGAUGGUAUUCCUAUUCCUGGUGGCCUUCCUUUUGCCACUUACAACCACACUCUCGUCUAUAUUGGGACAAAUGGAGUGUUCUCCUUUGGAUAUCGUGAGACUGGCUACUGGCACAGAAUCAACAACCCCAGUCGGUUCUAUGCUGCCCCAUUUUGGGGAGAUGUGGACAUAUCAGAUGGAGGAGACAUAUUCUAUGAAAUCCACACGGCUCCUUCCUUGCUCAUUGAUCAAGUCAGUUCCCUGGUGUCCUUUCGUGAAGGCAUUGAAUUCUCAGCUACAUGGAUGAUUGUGGCCUAUUGGAGGGAGGUACAGCAGUUUUCCAAUCAUACCCCUCAAGGAAACAGCUUUCAAGGGGUAAUUUUAACUGAUGGAAAGAAGUCAUUCAUGGUGUGCACCUUCAAAAACCAGAGUCUUGAAUGGUAUGACUCAGACGUUAGAAUUGGGUACAUGGGAGAGCAGACACACUCAAUGUUUGGACCCCUGGACAAUGUAACCUUCUUCAGUCUGCUCUAUGAAGGGACAGUUCCCUACUACAAUGAGGUUUAUCAACUCAGUAUUGAUGGGGCACGGCUUUCCCAAGUUCGGCCAGUUUUAAUUGGAGUUACCAUAAUCUUCAGAAGUAACGAAACACACGUUACUCUUGACUUUGAUCUUUCCAUUGAUCCUACCACAUGUGACACCACAAAAUUCUCUAUUCAGACAUUAGACGGAGUCUUAACAUUCAGACCAGUUUAUGAGGCUCUAUGUGAGCAGCAAAUUCUCUUCUACUACUACACUAGUGAGAGCCAAGAUAACAGGAUCUCCUUCAAUCUUCAUCCAAAUGAUCAUAUUCUACUCCACAAAACAACUUUUGUCCGUUCCAUCGUUACAAGUGGCUCAGACAGUGUAGCUGUCAGCAUUGGAUCCUCCUUUGUGCGUACUAGUGGAUUAACUGGUAUUGCUCCGAUUUAUUUCAUUGAUAACUUCAUAGCAUAUCCUGAGAUUGAUACUGCUUCACAAGUACAUCCUGUACACUUUGAGCUAGAUAUGACAAGAGGUGAAUUUCACAUGUGGCUGGACUCCCCAGUCACUCCAAAUAUCAGCCAGGUACAGUUGGCAUGUGAGGAGUACCAAACUGAGACUACUACAAUCAGCGGAGUGUGGAGUACUCCAGUGUAUAGUGAAAUUGACUCCGCUAUCAGACACUCAAUGAGAAUAUCUCCCAACUCUUUUGCCAUCAUCUGUAACACUCUGCCUUGCAUUGACAGUAAUUAUGCUUUCCUCCAGUCAAUUUCCUCUCUAAAGGACGUAUUUGGGAACCGAAUAUCAUCAGAUGUUUUCCAAAACUCAUUUGUGUUAGUAAACAGCUCAGGUAUAUUAUGUGAUCUCCAGGAAGGCAUACAAGAUCCACUGGACAUGAACUUCACAGGAGCUGCAACAAGGGCACUUGGUAUGUUCUUGGAAGUGCAAAACAUAAACUCGGCAUCAGAAGUCCUCUACCCUCUUGUUGCCAGUGAGGUGUAUCUUCCAGACUGUACAGAGGUGGAGGUGAAGUCAAUUGUGUGCCUGAGGCUUGACAGAACAGCCAGCAACCCACUCCUGAUCCUCCCUGAAAGUGUUGAAUCAACAGACAUCUUCUUGACCAACACAGAGUUUAGUACUAGAGCUGUCUUCGGGGAACUGUUCCCUGCAGGACUGUUCUCAUGCCAGACAUACCUCUCAACCAAUGAUAUGACAGAAGUUUCUCUUAGUCUGGGAGCCUUCUGGCAAGCCAGCCUCACUGUAGGCAUGUGUUCCCACGUCAGUCCACUGGAUAUUGUCUUGACUGAUGAUAGAGGGAGCAAUCUAACAGGACUGACUGUCUCCAAUGAUUUCCAGAGUGUGUCUGUCAGGGCCGGACCCCUUUACUAUGAGGAUAUGUCAGACGUACAUGUCAAUAUACCUUUCAAUGGUUACAGUAACAGGUACUCCUCGGUAUUCAGCAUUUCAAUAGAAGUUCCUGCAGUACAUGCCUACACAUCGGGCUCGACUAGAGGAACAACUGCCGUAGCAUUAGCCAAGGAACUUGUCAAUGCAUCAAUGGUUUGUGAGGUGGAGGACGAGUACAUCACUGUGGUGUGGGUUGAGUAUGGAAACUUAAGUACAAACAUUGUGCUCAACCUUGAGAACCCAUACAGAUUGUUGCGAAAUGGACAUAAUCUGCAAAUCCAUAAUCUGAACUUGGAGCAGUUUCUGACAUUUAAUUAUGAAUGUCGUGUUCUUACUGCCCCUCAUUCUGGCCACAGCAUUUCUGUUGCCAAUUUCACGACAGUUGCAAUUUCAGAUCUAAUUGUUGUGAGUAUGGAGCAGCAGCCACGAAGCAAUGGUCUUGUUGCAGAGGGUUUCAGGAGCAACACAGUUUUGUCUUCUAGUUCACUGCUGGACACAGAAGUGACACUGCCUUGCUAUGGAGCUCUAGAUUAUGGUCGGAUCAGAUGGCACAGUACCUUACUUCACAUGCCAGGCUACCUGAGUGAAGGGUCCUCCUCGCCAUACUACUCAGUGGAGUAUAGUGGUAGUGUCGGGACUCUGACCCUCCACAGCUACUCUGGUGGAAACUUGAGAGGAUCUCUCACCUGCUACUCUGAGGAAGCUGGUCUCUCACAUCCAGCCUCUGUCACUAUACACAUCAUUGAUGGUGCACUAUCACUACAAAUGUAUGCUUGCAUAAGUGAGGUUCCUUUAAUACAGGUGUGUGCUCAUGUGGGCAUUCUACUGGGUCUCCCUACCCUCUAUCCCUGUGUCCUGAGAGUCUACACUGCUCUGUAUGUCACACACUGUGUUAGUAACAGAAUUAGAGCUUUGUUCCCCCCCCCCCAGUGUCCAGAGGGCUAUGUUGGAGAUGGGGUAUUGUGUUCAGUUGAUAGUGACGGAGAUGGCUACACUGAUAUUGAUAUGUCCGACCUCUACUACUGUCAGUCAGACCCCCAGAACCAGCUCUGCCAGCAGGACACAUGCCCACACCUCUACAAUCCUCACCAAUCACGCGAUAGAUUGAAUGAUGGACACCCAAAUGGAGUUGCUUUUGUGAUUGAUGGAAAUGAGCUACCAUCAGAUGUCAUCCUUGCAAAUGCAUCAGUGUUGGCUUCAAAGUCUCUGAAAUGUCUUGGAGCUCAGGGAAGCACAGAUCUCAGUGUACAGGUUUACAGUGUGGUACAAUCUGAAUUGGUCACUUUAGACGCUGCAGCUGACAUCUGCGAAACAGAAGCAAAUAUCCAUCAACCAUUAGACAGUGAAUUAACUGAGGGAGCAAUGCAAUGCCAGUCAGCCACCACUGGAGCAACUGCCUGGAUCUACUUCACCACUGAGGCCUGCAUCUGCACCAGACCUGAGGAAGAUAUUUUACCAGACUAUAUCCUGACCUGCCAAGAAGCAGGAGUUGAGGCUUGUGACUGUAGCGACACUGAAUGCACGUGUGGCUGUGGGUAUAGUGGAGAUGGAAGGUCGUGCAGUCUUGACACUGAUGGAGAUGGCUACCCCAACAAUGCCUCUCCAGGCCUCUGUUCUGACAGAGACCCUCAGAACUACUGUGUUCAGGAUGUCUGUCCUGCGGAUUAUGACCCCAGCAAUGACCCUGGAGCUUGCCACACAACACAAGAUUAUACAGCAGGGAGUAUGUGUGUGGCUGAGACUGACUCUACGUGGAUGAUAAUGUGGGAAGACACUCAUGCUGGCUACCACGACACUCAACUUUGCCAGAGCUUCAUCCCUAUCUCAGCCGCUUAUGCAUUCCGGCUGUGUCUAGAGAAUGGCCUGUGGUCACAAUUCAUCGAUACCUCCUGUUGUAAAGAUAUAGAAGUCGAAAGCAUUUAUGAAGAGUUGGAUGAGAUACUCAAAGGAGAGUUUACCAAUGACACCAAAUCACAGCUGUCAGCUGCACUGGCAGAUCUUGUGGAGGCUACUACUCCACCAGAUGACCGCAGCUCUCUCUAUGCUCAGGACUUGGAAAUAACUAAUGACAUUUUGAAAGACACCAUAGACUUUUUACGAAACGGUGUCCAUAAUAAACUGCUGGAUGAAAUUAACGCAGAAGUGGUGCAGGUGAUAGACAAUGUUCUGGAGGAGAGUAAUAACCAAGGCUGGGACCAGCUCAGUAAUACUGAAGAAGGAGCAGAACAGCUGCUGGAUAAUGUAGAGCUGUUUGGUCUGUAUUUGGCUGAGGCCAUAGCUAGUCCCAAUGUCGAUGUGGAAUUGGACAAUGGGAAACUCAUUCUCAAUGCCAGCUUCAACAACAUAUAUAUUGGAGCAGCAGUCCAGGAUGCUUUCGGGGCCAGUGAUGUUGUGUUCCCAGUGGCUGAGAGUGAAUUCUCUCUCGAGCCCAUGUUUGGAGAGUCUCUCGCACACAUAAAGAUCCCGGCAAGGCUCCUGGAGACUAGAGCUAAUGAGACAAACACCACCAGAGUAUUUGCUGUUAACAUGGUCAUUGAUAACAUCAAUGAGCUUCUACUAGUGAAUGAACGAGCUACUGAGAUCAAUGGAACCAACUACACCACUAGAGCAGUAACCAAUCUUUUGGUCAGUCAAGUGAUGGCUGGAAACACAAGAACUUCCACUACUAAACUCUCCAUACCAGUUCAACUAGUGUUUGUCACAGAAGAGAUUGUGAACAGGUCGAGGAAUCCAAGAUGUGCAUACUACGACUUUGGCACAAGUCAAUGGUUGGAAGACGGAGUGGCAACGGAGAGUGUGACUAUGGCUCCAGACGGCCGCUCGUACCAUGUUCUUUGUUCGACUGUGCACUUCACCAGCUUUGCAGUCCUGGUGGAUGUGUCUGAUGUGGAGAUGGACAUUCCACCAUCGGAGGGAUUUGCUCUGACCAUUGUGACCUAUGUUGGCUGUGUCAUAUCUCUUCUUUGUCUUGGCCUCAGCAUAGUCUACUACCUCACAUACGGAAAAGCUCUCUUAACUUCUGUGCACUACCUGGUUCAUCUUAAUCUUGCCAUUGCCUUGUUCCUUGGAUACACAGUCUUUCUAGCUGGCACAUACUAUGGCCCACAGGACCAAAUUGCCUGCGCAUUAGUGGCUGGAGCCCUCCACUACCUCUUCCUCAGUGUCUUCUGUUGGAUGCUGUGUGAAGGUAUUAUGCUCUACCUGAUGCUGGUCAUUGUGUUCAGCACACUUUCCAAGAAGUGGUGGCUGUUCCUUCUCAUGGGAUGGGGGCCACCAGUAAUAGUGGUUGGUGUAGCAGCAGGAAUAAGAUAUGACAACUAUGGAAAUCCUGACCGAGGAUUUUGCUGGGUCUCAGUUAAUCAGGGGCUCAUAUGGGCCUUUGUAGGACCAAUGCUAGCUGUGAUACUCGCCAACAUGUUUUUCCUCUGUGCCUCUCUGAGGAGCCUGUACAGAGUCACUGUUGGCCGUUUUGGGAACGAACAGGACAAGAAACCUCUCAUCAAGAAGCUGCUGAUGGCCGCAGUGAUAUUAUUGCCAAUCCUGGGAGUCACGUGGGCGUUUGGACUGCUUGCUGUCAACAGACAAACUACUGUCUUCACGUGGCUCUUCACUAUCUUCAACUCCCUGCAGGGCUUGUUUUUCUUCGUUUUUCAUGUAAUCCGAAGUGACAGGGUGUGGAAUGUCAUGAAGAAGUUUCUGCCAGGAGAGUGGAAAGACAAAAGAGGUCACUCUCGUUCCAUGAGAAGCUCGACCCAGUCCAUCUCUAAAAGUGACAGUUUUCUCAUGGACACUCUCAAGAGAAGGCAAGAGAAGAAGAAGGAAAGAAAAUCCAUUGUUAGUGAGCUGUCUUCCGAUGCCGUCAUUGUCCUUGGCAACCCUCUAGCUACUGCCAAUAAUCCAUUUGGAACCAAGAGAGAUAAAGACCUUGGGCUAGCAUCUACUGUACUCAUGUAUUAGACUCGUAAAUUUGCUUUGUAUAGUGUCAGUCCAGAGUUAUACCUGUUUCAGAUUAUGUAUUAUAAAAGUGCACACAUAAUUAUGUUGGACCGCAGCCU